AUGUGCCCAGCCGUGCACCCAGAGGCCACUGCAGGACCCUUUUGCUACCGGGUGAAGCUGCUUACUUCAUGGGGCACCCUGCAGCUGGGGGUCCGUCCAUGUGUCCAUCGACCACCCCCACCCCCCUGCCUCCCACUCUCUCUCUGCACAGACAACCUCUGGAGUGACCAGAGCCUGGAGACAGACCCUGACCUCCCCCCAGGCUGGAGGAAAAUCCGAGACUCUCUGGGCACCUACUACUGGCAUGUGCCGACCGGCACGACACAAUGGCAGCACCCUGCACACACCACUGGCCCGGGAGGGCACCUGGAGGCUGAUGGAGAGGAGUCACUCCAGGGAAUGGAGUGCCAGGCCACUGCAGCGAAGCACUCAGCAAAGGACAGGCCCAUUCCCAGCCCCAUGGCUUCACUGUCCCGGAGGACCUCGCUGCCCUGGCAUGGAGAUGACUUCCAGCACAGCGCAGAGCACAGCUCCAAGUGUUUUGCUGUGCGCUCGCUGGGCUGGGUGGAGAUCCCCGAGGAGGACCUAGCACCUGGCAAGAGCAGCAUUGCUGUCAACAACUGCAUCCAGCAGCUCUCCAACAGCAAGGGCCAGGGCUCUGCAGAAAACCGGGGCGAGGUGAGAGCCUGGGACAGUGCUGACAGAGACUUUGCCUUUGUGGCGAGUGACAAAGACACCUGCAUCCUCAAGUGUCACGUCUUUCACUGCAAUGUGCCUGCCAAGGGCAUCGCCAAGGCCCUGCACGAGAUGUGCUCCAAGAUCGUGGCUGAGCGAGCCAUAGUGAGCAGUAGGCCACCACGCGCUGCCAUGUUGGAGUCCAUCUCCAUCGACAACCUGCCGUUGCAAGUGGAUAUCCUGGAAGCGGUGCGGCAGUCGAUGCAGACCUAUGAGGCGCUGUACAUUGGCAGCCUGCCCGUGCCCAGGGCCAUGGGGAUGGAUGUGCUGAACGAGGCCAUUGAGAAGCUGAUGAGGGGCUCCGGACGGGAGCGAUGGACGCCCUCCCUCAUCCGCGUGUCCGACACGGCCAUGAGGGUGUCCCUGCAGGAAGACGAGGAGGCAGCGCACAUCUGGGAGUGCCAGGUGCGGUACGUGACCUUCCUGGGUGUGGGCCGGGAUGCCCACACCUUCGCACUCAUCGUGGACACGGGGCGACGCUUCCAGUGUGCGGCCUUCUGGUGCGAGCCUGACGCCGGCACCAUCUCAGAGGCAGUGCAGGCAGCCUGCAUGAAACAAGUGUGCGACGACAUCGGGCGGCGGCUGAUGGUGCUGGAGGAUGCCUGGGCUCAGGGCAAGCUGUCCGCCCCGGUGAGGAAGAGGAUGAACCUCCUGGUGCAAGAGCUCCAGCAACAGCACUGGGAUGCAGCUGAUGAGAUCCACCGCUCACUCAUGGUGGACCACAUUAACGAGGUGAGCCAGUGGCUGGUGGGUGUCAAGCGCCUGAUCGCUGAGACAAGGAGCUUGCCUGCUGCAGAGCCGGCUGUGGUGACAGAUGAUAGCACCAGCGCUGAGCCUGGCCAGGAAGAUCCCUGA